CACUGCAAACAGAAUACACAACGUUUUGGACUCUUGUCGAGCGAACAACUUUCACAACUAUUAAUCUUAAAAUAAUUAUUCCUCUGUCCAUCCAAGCAAAAAUCGGGAAACAAAAUCCCGAUUCAAGUAUCUAAACAAGCAACACUGGAUAAUAUAUAAAAGGAUAAGCCAGCAUCUAAAAUAGAUUUACGCACAUCACAAAACCUAGAGAAGAUUCUUCAUAAUGGAGUGCUGCUUAUCGGAAGAGGCCAAAGAACAGAAGCGUAUCAAUCAGGAAAUUGAAAAACAGCUACGCCGUGAUAAGAAAGAUGCUCGUCGCGAACUUAAACUGCUUUUACUGGGUACUGGUGAAUCUGGGAAAUCAACUUUUAUUAAGCAAAUGCGUAUUAUUCACGGCAGCGGCUACUCGGACGAUGACAAGCGUGGCUAUAUUAAGCUGGUGUUCCAAAAUAUAUUCAUGGCCAUGCAGUCAAUGAUCAAAGCCAUGGAUCUGCUCAAAAUAGAAUAUGGCGCACCAGAGAUUCGCGAAUGUGGUGAGCUGGUGAUGAGCAUUGACUACGAAUCUGUUACAAGAUUGGAGGAUCCAUUUUUGAAGGCCCUACAUUCUCUUUGGGACGAUGCUGGCAUACAGGAGUGCUAUGAUCGCCGAAGAGAAUACCAGUUAACCGAUUCUGCUAAAUACUAUCUGAGCGAUUUGGCGCGUAUUGAACAGGAAGAUUAUUUGCCCACUGAACAGGAUAUUCUGCGUGCUCGUGUGCCCACAACUGGAAUACUGGAGUAUCCAUUCGAUUUGGAUGGCAUCGUCUUCAGAAUGGUGGACGUUGGCGGUCAGCGUUCGGAAAGAAGAAAGUGGAUUCAUUGCUUUGAGAAUGUUACAUCGAUUAUAUUCUUGGUGGCGCUCUCUGAAUAUGAUCAGAUCUUGUUUGAGUCUGACAACGAGAAUCGUAUGGAGGAAUCGAAAGCUUUGUUCAGAACCAUUAUUACAUACCCGUGGUUCCAAAACUCAUCGAUCAUUCUAUUUAUGAACAAGAAAGAUUUGUUCGAAGAGAAAAUUAUGUAUUCGCAUAUGGGUGACUAUUUUACUGAAUAUGAUGGUCCAAAACAAGAUCACGCAGCAGCGAAGCAGUUUGUGUUGAAGAAAUACCUGGCCUGCAAUCCGGAUCCAGAGCGUCAAUGUUAUUCGCAUUUCACCACAGCCACAGAUACCGAAAACAUCAAGCUUGUGUUCUGCGCUGUCAAAGAUACAAUUAUGCAAAAUGCACUUAAGGAAUUCAAUUUGGGUUAAACGCGAUCUCGAACGGCAGAGCUAUCACCUAGAUAGCAAUGAUAUAGUUCUUAAACAACACCUUGACUUCUCAACAAUAUGUUUGCUUUGUUUUAUCUAAUUAUAAUUAAACUUCAAUUGUCCAUAGAUUA